AUGCUUAUGUCUGUGAAGCAUAUAGUCCAGCGCUGGCUCAGCGACCGGCUGGCUAUGCUUGGUGUCUCGACCUCCUAUCUGGACUUCCCCUGGCCCACGCUGAGUGACGGCACUAUGUUCCCUCGCGAAUGGCUUGCCUUCUCUCCUGACACUUACCUGGGAAUGUACGAACCUCGUAUUGAUCCUGCGGCAGAAGCUGGUAUACGUGCCACUUCUCUGAGUCACUGGAUCCUUCUGAAGAUGCUGCUGUUGCUGGACCUCAUUGAAUACAUUGCGAAGAAGAUACGCGCUGUGAUCUCAUUCUGUCGUCUCCGUGCUACGAAGAGAAAGCUCCUUAUGAUGGCGAUUCUUAUGCUGGGUUUCUGUGCCUGGUUUACCUUCACUCAACGCGGUUCGGUCGUUGAUGCUGAGAAUAAGAUGCUUGAACAUAGCAAAGCUGGCUGA